AUGUCAUUCGUAUUCGAGGGUUUCGGCGUGGGGCUCACAGAACAUGUUCAAGCCCAUGAACGAACAGGUGAUAUCCUGAGAACAUAUCUGCAUGGAAUUAUCCAUGCGCCCUGUCUGAUCCUCUCACUCGGAAGGGAGCUCGAGAGGUUGAGGGCUUUGCUCGGCCAGAUUAUCGACGAGAACAAUAAUCCCCAUUCGACUAUCCUGAGAAUAGACAAUAAAAUUGCGGCGCACAAAACAUUACAACUCACCGUUACCGGCGUCAAUGCCACGUUGGACGAUGCCGAAAACCUACUGAGGAGUUGUAGGAUACAUGCUGCUCAGACGGAGAAAUGGUGGGCGAACUUCGGGAUGAAGAUGAGAUUUAACGGAGGUGAUCGGGGGCUUCUCAACGCGCUGGAGGAUAUCAAAUAUCACUGCUGGGUUUUCGAGAUCGCCUAUCGCGUGCUGAGAAGGGAUCACAUUGACGCCUUAAUCGAAAUCGCCGACCCUGUAGAGCAACACUUAGAGCAGCUAUUAUCUUUGCUCACAUCCGGCGCCGGCGGUAUUGUGGACGACUCGAUUGUGAUAAAAUUCAACGAAAAUUCAGCCAUAAACGGAGGCGCCUUUACUAUUGACUUCAAGCUAGAUACGGUUUUGAAGAGUUGCAUGUACUGGACCUACAAAGCGAGCUCAGACAUCAAGAAUGCUGGAACAUCUGGAACUCCAACUACGGAGGGAUGGCUUAAUCUUAUCAAAUCCUAUUGGAUAUUUAGCAAAAUUCGGGAAGAUCCACGCUCAGAGCAGAUGGUGAAGGAGUUACAAGCAAUCUUGGCAUUAGUCUCAAAUGACAUUGCUUUUUCAAUGAAGAGGCUUCUGGAGGCUAAGGCUGAGCUGCCAGAUUGGAAUACUCUUAAUAAUCUUGGAGACUUCCGAAUACUGGUCGAUGACGCUGAUGAGGAAAUUGAGUUGCCAAUCUCAGAAAACCACACCUCUAAACAGCACUCGCCAAAGCCACCAACCGGGAACGUCCCCAGCGUUCCAAGUGUGCAAAUGAGCAAUGUUGCAGUCCACCCAGCGGAAUACAGCACCUAUGAAAGCUAUUCAGCCAAGGGUUAUCCCGAUGACGAGUUGGAAAAUGCUUUUAAAUCACUCGGCGUCGGUAGUCGGGAGACCCGAUAUGAGAAAAGCCCCCAAAACCUUAAGGAAUCCCAGCUAGUCCUAGAGCGCGAAGAUGCCCUACGGCGUGCGAAAGGGCCAUCACUUGACCGCUCAAAUACAAGAAUCCUGAGGAAAAAGGUUCCAGAAGCAAAGUCCCCGUCAUCACCCCCAGGCACGGUGGCCAGCGAACCCACCAGCAUGAGUUAUGUAAAUGGUUUGAGAGUAGCGAAAAGUAAACGAGAUGCUGGUUCCCAAAAUGCCUCCACGCUGGGAAAAAAUAGCUUCCUUGAAGACAGAAGGCUCGACUCUCCAACUCUGGGCAAUUAUCCAGCAUCAAGGAGUUCUGCUACAACAAGUCCGACAUCCAUGUCGCAAAUAAACUCCAUGCAAUUUGGUGUCCCACCAUUGCAAUCCUCCCGGUCAAAGGAGCACACUGCACCUCUGAAUCUCUCACCGCUGAAGCAAAGCUAUUACUCAACAAAGCCUUUACCACCAUUGGAUACCAGCACUUCAUCCGCCCCGUUCUCCCCGUCAGACGUAAGUCCGGGGGAUUUCGGGGCGCAUAGAACCCGAAACCUUAGCGUCAAUCAAUCUCAAGGGGGCAGGAUGCCUAAUAAAAAUGGGUAUAUGUCUCCUGUGUCCCCGACUUAUCCCUAUGCAGCUGCUAGGAAUUCUGGAGGCUCGUUCUCAGAGCCGGUUGAACAUGGUGUUCGCCCUGGAGAAAUGGAGGUUAUGAAAGAUGAGUUCAAGGCCUUGGAUGUAUUGGCUUCAGACUCAUGUGAUCCCGAGGGGAGAUGGGAUGAAUGUGUUGUCAGAGUUUUUCGGAACGCAAUGGGUGACUUGAGGAUUCUGACCCAGCGGGAGGGGUCAACAGAUCAGCGUUUCGUCGUCCUUAAAGAUGCCGAAUUUGUCCCUGAGUACGGGUACCACGAGAACUUGCCGGUGAUCUUCAUCCGGAAAGCCGGUGUGGGCGGGUACUCAAUUCAGUCUGGAUCAAAGGGUAGAACAACGCUUAGCUCUGCAGAAUUAUGCCCGAUAACACUCUACUACCGGUUCAAGAACGUAAUGGACAUGUUUCUCUUCCAGCUAGCUUUCACCGGGGAAUCGGUGGAGGCAGAUGUUCAAGCUGUCCGUACAAUCCGCUAUAAGCGUGGGCUUCUCGACGGCGAGCACUGCAACUACAAGGCGAGGGUUCAACUCUGGAAGGAGGAAGAUAGUGCAGCCGCUUCCAGCGGAGAUAGCUCAAAAGCUCCCUCGAUAGCCGGUACCUUUCGAUCAAAGCCUAAUAAGUCUUCCAUCUUAAAGGUCCAUUCAACAAGAUUGGUCAUGUACUUUGAUGAGAUUAUUAUGACCUUGUUCAUAACGGACGAUAUAACCAUUGAGGCAAAGACCAGGAACCGAUGCCUAAGGAUAAAACCUAGCUCACUCAAAGCUUUUGGAAACCGUAGCUCUGUCAAAGCCUGCAUUAUCGGAAACCGGGAUUUAUCCGGUGGGAUCAGACUAGAUAUGGAAGGGCUAUUAAUUAAAGACGAAGAGGAUUUUGAUGAUUUCAAGUGGUUCGAGAUUGACUUCCAGACACUUGAGGAAAUGAAAAACUUCCACGAGGACUUCCAACACGCGCUGCAAGAGAGGCGGAAAGAGCGCAAGAAAGUAGACGAUUUACAGAAGAAAGCGGCGGCUGGGGCGAGAUCUAGUGGGUGAGAUGAAUAAGGCAAUUCUAUUGACUUACUGAUGGAGUUGGGUCUAUUAGCGAUUGUGGGAUUGGAAUUCUUUCGUGUUAGCGAACUGGUAAUUCAAUAUUGUUUUAAUUUAA